GUGGUGAAAAAGACGUCUUCCGGUCCAUUUUUCCUUAAACAAGAUGCGUCACGUUGCUGCUUUUCUCUUGGUUGUCUUGGGCGGUAACACGACCCCUUCUGCGGCGGAUGUCGAAAAGGUUAUCACGUCCGUCGGUGGUGAAGUCGACUCGGAAAAGUUGGAACUCCUCUUGAAGGAAGUCGAAGGCAAGGACAUCUACGAAGUCAUUGCUGCCGGCCAGGCCAAGCUCGCCACUGUCUCCGUCGGUGGUGGUGCCUCGGCUGGUGCUGCUGCCGCCCCUGCUGGCGGUGCCGCGGCCCCUGCCAAGGAAGAAAAGAAGGAAGAAGAAGAAGAAGCGGACCUCGGCGGUGGCAUGGACAUGUUUGGCGGUGGAUCGGACUACUAAACGCGCCCCAGAAUGCCGUCUCUUUCGUCCUUUCCGUGCCAAGUAACGAGUAAUACGAUGUGACGCUCACGAGAGACCA